AUGGCGGAUCUGGAAGGCGGCGGCAGCAGAUGUGUGCAGGCCUCCUGGUACAGCCAUCGAGUUCUUGAUACGGCUCCACAUCGCGACGCCUCCUCUGGUCAAGCGACGGCAGUCGACGGCGACCGACAGUGGUGGUUGGACAUCGGAAGAAGGCGCAGGCAUGGUGGUUGGACAUGGGAAGAAGACAACAUCGGUUCUGUAAUUGGGGAGGAGAGAGAAAUGGGUUGGGUGAGGCAACAUACCACUGCUAAAUUUGCGUUUAUGAAUCCAAGUCCUAUAAUUAUAGCACUAAAAUGUUCUUGUGGACGGGAAUGGGGCAUAGUGUUACCAUUCAUACAUUUCAUGGAAAGAGAGAUGGAGAGUGAG